AUGCCGUUUCUUGGUUUUAUUUCCCCCGUGGGAGGGCUAAGCCACUUCCAGCCAACACCAGUGAAGGACUGGCUGACAAAAUUUGGUUAUCUGCCUCCUCCGGAUCCCGUCACAGGACAACUGCAGACCCAGGAGGAGCUCACGAAAGCCAUCACUGCCAUGCAGCGGUUUGGAGGUCUCGAAGCAACAGGGAUCCUAGACGAAGCCACGCUGGAGUUGAUGAAAACCCCUCGCUGCUCUCUCCCUGAUCUUGCUGCCUCAGAGACCAGGAAAAAGCGAUACGCUCAGGCCGUGACCAAGUGGAACAAAAGGAACUUAUCUUGGAGGGUCCGCACCUUUCCAAAAGAAUCCCACCUGGGCCACGACACAGUCCGUGCCCUUAUGUACUAUGCCCUGAAGGUCUGGAGCGACAUUACCCCACUGAAUUUCCAUGAGGUGGCAGGUAACAAUGCUGACAUACAGAUCGACUUCUCCAAGGCAGAUCACAAUGAUGGCUAUCCUUUCGACGGGCCUGGUGGCACAGUAGCACACGCUUUCUUCCCUGGAGACCACCACACAGCAGGAGACACUCAUUUUGAUGAUGAUGAAUAUUGGACCUUCCGAUCAUCAGAUGCUCAUGGGAUGGACCUAUUUGCUGUAGCUGUCCAUGAAUUUGGCCAUGCCAUUGGCUUGACCCACAUCUCUGCCGUAGAGUCUAUCAUGAGACCCUAUUAUCAAGGUCCAGUGGGGGAUCCUCUAAAGUAUGACCUACCUUAUGAGGAUAAAGUCCGAAUCUGGCAACUGUAUGGAGUCAGGGAAUCUGUGUCCCCCACAGCCAAGCCUGAAGUAAGCAAAACAGACGACCAUCCCUUUCUGCCAGAGCUGCCAGAGAACCGCUCCACUGUCCCGCUCCGGAGGGAUGUGCCCAACAGAUGCAAUACUCACUUUGACGCCGUGGCCCAGAUCAGAGGAGAGGCUUUCUUUUUCAAAGGCAAGUACUUCUGGAGACUGACUCGCAAUAAGCACUUGGUCUCCCUCCAGCCGGCUCAGAUCCACCGUUUUUGGCGGGGUUUGCCUCUGAAUUUGGACAGCGUGGAUGCAGUCUAUGAGAGAACCAGUGACCACAAGAUUGUGUUCUUCAAAGGAGACAGAUACUGGGUGUUCAAAGACAAUAACGUGGAGGAAGGAUACCCACGGCCCAUCUCAGACUUUGGUCUGCCCCUGGGCGGAAUCGACGCUGCUUUUUCCUGGGCCCACAAUGACAAGACUUAUUUCUUUAAGGACAAUCUCUACUGGCGCUACGACGACCACGAGCGGCGAAUGGAUCCUGGGUAUCCUUCAGAGACCGUUCUGUGGAAGGGAAUUCCCAGCCCUUUGGACGAUGCCAUGAGAUGGUCAGAUGGUGCAAGCUACUUCUUCAGGGGCAAGGAGUACUGGAAAGUGCUGGACAGUGAGAUGGAAGCCGAGGCUGGUUAUCCCCAGUCCAUUGCUAGAGACUGGCUGGUGUGCAGCGACAUGCAGUCGGACUCCCCAGAAGCAGCAGGGAGCAGCAGGACUGGGGCACGCUCAAAACCAGGGCAGCAUGAUGAGAGCCGGUCAGAAAAUGGCUACGAGGUCUGCUCCUGCACGUCAUCCUCCGAUUCCCUCCAGGCUUGCCCUGUGCUCAGACUGUUGGCCAGCCUUAUACUGACGAGCAUGUGGACAGCAGCACGGAUGUGCGCAGCUCUAUGACAUCUCAUCACACGGACAGGACCACACCACAGUGCUACAGGGACGGGAGGUGGAUAAAAUCCCAGGAUGCGACACGGUUGCAAGCAGAAGAAAACAUUCCUAGGAACAUACCAGAAGAGGUUUUGAAUUCUCCAUGAGAAGUGAACAGUGUUUUUUUUUUCUUUUUAAUUUUAGUUUAAAGGUCUAAUAACAGAUUUUGAGUUCUGCACCUUCUUAUUCCCCCAUCCAGUUAAAGAUGAGAGCAGCCUAAUGUUGAAUUUAGAAAUGUUCCAUAGAGAUGUGUUGCUUUGAAUGUUUGGAAACGGCAAAUAAGGGAGGGGAGAGUGACUGUGAACAGAAUAGAUACUGGUGAGAGAGAUGGCAAUAUCCUGGGAGGAAGGGCAGCAGGGCUAGAGGAGAGAUGCAGUAGUUACGCUGAUAUUUGAUGACACAAUGUACACAUCCUAUUGGAUGUACUGGGUAGAAAGAAACUUUGGCUCCACUAAGAUUAACUGCAAGGUGAUCAUUUUACUAUCAGAUCUGCUGUGGUAACUGGUGUCAAGAUAACCUGUAUCUAUGGGUCAGAAACACCUUUGCCUUUCAGAAGGCAGUGCAACUUAUCUUUGUAUCUAAGUCAUUUGAAUUUAAGAGUUUAUCUAAUAAACCUUGGCUGCCUAUA